AUGGAUUGGGCCCCGAGAGGUGGAACUCGGAGCCAAUCUUGUUUGGGACUCUUCAACUCGGCUCGUUGCUGUGACGAGGCCAGAUGCCGCCCGACAGGUGGCGUAAACGCGGAUGGUGGGUUGCGGAUCGUGGGUCAAUGGUCGCCAGGUUCAGUCCCGUCACUUCAAUUUGGACUGUCCGAGCUGACCUCGGGCCCAGAGUCGGUGUUGCUCAGUUUCCCUCGAAAGCCCAAAAGUGUCCGAGUAGGCGAUCUUCCAUAA